ACGUGAGCAUGCAACCGUGUGCGACCUGCCAGAGAAGUGGUAACUCUGGCAAUUUCCGUCCUCCAUCUUUCUGCAUUGACUUUUCACGAUGCCGCCUAAGAAGGACGCAAAGUCGGCGGCCAAGCAGCCGCAAAAGACACAAAAGAAGAAGGAGGGCUCCGGCGGCGGCAAGGCCAAGAAGAAGAAGUGGUCCAAGGGCAAGGUUAGGGAUAAGUUGAACAACCAGGUUCUGUUCGACAAGCCCACCUACGAGAAGCUGUACAAGGAGGUGCCAGCCUACAAGCUCAUCACCCCCUCGGUUGUCUCUGAGCGUUUGAAGAUCCGCGGAUCUCUGGCCAAGCGUGCUCUCAUCGAGCUGCGCGACAAGGGUCUGAUCAAGCAGGUCGUGCAACAUCAUUCCCAGGUGAUCUACACACGUGCAACCAAGGGUGAUGAGGCGUAAAAUGUUUUACCAACGCAUUUUUAUAGUCGCAUUCGUUUUACAAUGAAUUGAUUGUAUGGGAGAGCACUAGGACUCUGCUGUGUGUAAAAUGUUGAAUAAACUUGCUUUCUUAUUAAUGUAA